CUUGAAGACCACUGCUAUAGAGGGUGCAAAUGUAUCUGAGCCCUGGAACUCAAAUAAUGUGAAAUAUGAGAUGAUCAAAAUGGAGCCCCUGCACUAAUUACUUGGGUUCUGAGGUCUGUAAGGUCCAUAGUAAAAACAUCAGGUUCUGUCUAUAGCAGAUACUAAAUCAUGGCAGCUCAAAGAAACAAGCAGUCAUUCUGACAUGUCACAUGUGAUGUCAUAGACAGCUGGAGGCCUGACAUCCCACUGACAGCCGCCCGAGCCUUCAGUCUGUUCCAGUGCGAUUAGUGAGAAUAGUGAGAUUAGCGUCUUCUUUUUCUACUUGUCUGAAAUGGAGCUAAAAGGACUGGGGUUCGUCCCCCUCCUGUUGGCGUUUUGGUGUGCGGCCUGGCUUGCCACCAGCUACAUCAUGACGGUCGUCCUCGGCCAUGCAGCCUCGCCACUGAUGAGCAUCAGUGACGUGGGAAAUGUCUUUCCCGAAAGCAUAUUAUUCAGAAUUGGAUUUAUAGGGACGUCCAUUGGCACUUUGGUACUAACCUUUCUUAUUUAUAAGUAUAUGGUUAUGCAUACUGAAGAGUUCAGGGGUCAUCAGGUCCUGAUCCAGAGGAUCCUGCUGGCCAUUGUGUGGGCCUCCUGUUUUUCCACAGCUGUUAUGCAUGUAUUGUCCCCCGAAGAAUAUCCCAGGAUACACUUUGUCAGCACGAUAAUUUCCAUUACAUGUGAAGCCUUAUACUACCUUGGGCAGUCCAUCCAGAUGUAUAAAUUACCAGGAGCAAAAAAAGUCAUCCACCAUAGUAGAUGCACCUGCUGUGGCCUGACUUUUGUCUGUGUAGUUUUCUAUUUUGGAUAUGAAACAUUAAAGGAAUUAUUCCAUAAUGAUGAAGACUGGGACGAGAUCCGUGAAAUCCCCAUCAUAAUCAUCGAGUGGGUGAUGCUUCUACUGAUCCUGAUAAACAUCGUGACCUAUUAUUCCACCAUGCAGAGGUUAUUGUUGACCGUCUCCAGAAACAGCUGCACACUCUCUCUUAGAGUAAAAAUUGAUGACUUCGGGGUGUAGACCACCACGGGGGCCAUCAAGUGGACUUCUGGGAGAGAUACUGCACAGGACACGGAAAACAUCUAAAGAAGAGUAACUGGGGGACUACAUAUGGUGCCAGUAAUCAUGACACAAUAAUAUGAGCUGGUGAUAUUACCUAUACAAAAAAAAAAAAAAAAAAAAUUAUAAAAAAAAUAUUGGUGUGUGAAGUGUAAUACCUAGUUAGAAAAACAGAAUCAAAUUCAUCAUUAUAACCCCCCUCUGCAUUACCCUGUUUAUUAUUUUUCAAGCAAGCACUUUGUUCUAAUUCGUCCACUCUCUGGCGUGCUCCUUGUAUAAGGGGUUUGGGAUACCCUUUUUGUUUAAAACGAUCCUCCAGGUUCUCUAGUUGUUGUAGGUAUUUUUGUGUGGAAGAACAAUUCCUUCGGAUUCUUUUCAUUUGACCGAAUGGAAUGUUCUUCUUCCA